CAUACAAGUCCCACCAGCACAGCAUAGCCCAGUGAGGGGGAGGAAGAUAGAAGGAGACUGAUCAGUGAGGAGUCUGGAUUUGAACCCAAGCAGAGGAAGGUGAUUUUAGAUCUGGAAAGAGGUCUAUAUUGGAGGGUGGUCGACAAACAGCAUGGAGGUUUCAUCUACAUCAGAAAAUCAUGUAUAUGACAAGGAUUUUGAUCCCAAAAAAUACCUAGAAAUGUUCUACACAGUAGAAACUAAAGCCCAUGAAAUGGACAAGGAGUCAGUUUUCCUGCUUACAUUUAUGAAAAAUGUAUUCUCAACAGGUCGCGUGGAAGGCAAUAGUCUUAUAGAGUUUGGUGCUGGUCCCACUAUAUAUUUUAUUUUGUCUGCUUGUGAAAACUUCAAGCAGAUAUACCUUACAGAUUAUUUAGAAGGCAACCUGAAGGAAAUAGAGAAAUGGAUAAAAGGUGAUAAGGAGGCCUAUGAUUGGUCCAAAUACCUAAAAUAUGUCUGUGACAUUGAAAACCACAGGUCCACAGAGGAGGAGAAGGCAGAGAAGAUACGCAGGAAAGUCUCACUAAUGAAGUGUGAUAUCACCAAAUCCAAUCCCCUAGAACCAAAUUCCCUUCCCCUGACGGACUGUGUGAUCGUUUCUUCGUGUCUCAUCUGUGCUUCCAAGAAUGCUGAAGAAUUUAAAACUGCCCUAAAGAAUGUUGUAUCUCUGAUCAGACCCGGGGGUCAUCUAAUUAUCACUGAUUAUUUAGGAGCCUCCUAUUACUUGGUCGGCGAGGCAAAGUUUCAAGUUCUGUCACUUGAUGAAAAUAUUGUGCGAGAGGCGGUGGCUGAGAGUGGAUGUGAGAUUCAGGAGUUUACAACGUUUACUGACUUUGUUAUUCCAGAUGAAGUGUUUAAUUGUAAAAAUUCUUUCUGUCUUCUAGCCCGCAAACAUUGAAGCCAUAGAGGAAAAUAAUUAAAAAAAAAUAGGCAAAAUUAACUUUAAAGCAGUAUUAAAUCCCAAUGCAAACAUUUAAAAAAAAAUGUAAUUCACCAACUCUUAGAUUUGUUUACUGUAUUAAUUUUUUUAAUUUUUUUUUUAGGCUUUUUAACUUUAAAGCAGUAUUAAAUCUUAAUACAAACAUUUAAA